AUGCUGGCUCUAGGUCUCUCGAAAGAGAGAGAAAGAGAGAGAGAGAUCCAACUCUCUUUCUCUCUCGCUCUCCCCACUUCACGCUUUCUCCAUCCUUCCUCUACGUCAGACGGAGCAGACCUCCGGGAAGGCACAGCGGAUUUGAACUCCCCUUACACCGCACUCAAUUGGGAACCCACCGCGUCUUGCAGGAAUGAUGGAGACAGCGCCGUCAUAGUUUCUGGAACUUAUUUUCUUCUUCAAUAGAGAGGAAAUUAACUAUUUGCACAUCUGUUGGGAUUCCGUAUGUCUAUUUUGGGGAGCCCAGCAACACAACCGGUGUGCUUCAAUUUUUAAAGGAGAGGAAAGAUUCUGUUUCUUUUUCUCUCCUCUUCAUCCGCCAAACUAAACAUCCUGUGUUACCUUUACACAUUUACAUGUUUAAGUGGCAAUAACAUACCACUGGGGAUUUAAAAGCUUGUGGAAUUUCUAGAUUAAGUGUCCCCGCAGUUCACUGGGGUUCAUCUGGACUCUAUCAGGACAACAUGGAACUGGUAUUUUUUGGAUGUUAUGGAGAUGUUUGCGAGAUGCCGGUGCUGAGGUGGACAAGAGGACUCAACCUGCUGUUGCUCUUCUGUCUGUUGGCUGCUCACAACUCUGCACACGACUCAGAUACUUCAUCAUCAUCAUCAUCAUCUUCAUUUAUUCCCAGAGGUUUUGUAGACUUCACAUUCACUAAGGAGCCUCAAGACACCGUAACGGUGCGGGGUGGUGUGCUACAGCUUGACUGCCAGGCACACUCAGAUUUGGCGUCCGGAAUCCCCACCAUCACAUGGCGGAAGGAUGGCGUCCUACUAAGUGCCCUGGUGGACGAAAGACGACAGGAGCUGGCCAAUGGAUCAUUACUGGUCCAGAAUAUAGUGCAUUCACGGCACCACCGCCCUGAUGAGGGGGAAUACCAGUGCCUCUCCACACUUGAAGGACUAGGAAGUAUUGUGAGCCGGACUGCAAAAGUCACCGUUGCAGGUCCUUUAAGGGUUGUUGUACCUACAGAGUCAGUUUCAUCAUACCUUGGCGACACUGCAUUGCUCCGUUGCGAGGUCUCAGGAGAACCCACGCCAAUCAUCCGCUGGCAGAAAAACCGGGACGAUCUGCCGAUGACCUUUGACUCCUCUUCCCGCCUGGCUGUGCUGCCAUCCGGUUCUCUGCAGGUCAGCCGAGUUCAACCUCCAGACUCAGCCACGUAUCGCUGUCUGGCCGACAACCCUGGCAGCACAAGGACGGGGACAGAUGCCGAGCUACGGGUGCUCCCAGAGCCUGGACUAAACCGAAACCUGCAGUUUCUCCAGCGUCCUUUGAGAGUAACAGCUCUGCUGGGAACCGAUGCUGUGCUGGAAUGUUCCGCCUCCGGAUACCCCACUCCCAGCAUUCAGUGGCGGAGAGGAGAAGAAGUGAUCCAGACUUGGAAUAAGAAGUAUUCUCUUCUGGCUGGGAGCAAUCUGAUCAUCAGAAGUGUCACAGAUGAUGACUCUGGCAGUUUUACUUGCACUGCUUCAAACAAGAACCACAACAUCACUGCAAGUGCAGAACUGAGUGUGCUGGUUCCACCUCAGUUCCUCAACUAUCCAACCAACACUUACGCCUAUGAAUCCACUGACAUUGAGUUGGAAUGUGCAGUGACAGGAAACCCAGCACCGACCAUACGCUGGAUGAAGAAUGGAGAGGAGGUUAUCCCAAGUGACUAUUUCCAAAUAGUGGAUGGCAGUAACUUGCAGAUUCUCGGUUUGGUGAAGUCAGAUGAAGGAUUUUACCAGUGCAUUGCAGAGAAUAUCGCCGGCAGCUCACAGGCUAUGGCUCAACUGUUGCUCCGAGAGCCAGAAGCCACACCCACUCAGUAUAGACCUGUCCACACACCUCCUCCUCCCCGCCCGCCUCCUGCUCCGCCUGCUCCUUCUGGCACCCCUUUGACUUACACCUCCUCCUCUGAUCCCCCACCAGUGUCCCCCAGCCCAGGCGUUGCCCUCCCCUCUGCCCCCCGCGACCUGGUCCCUGUCCUAGUGUCCAGCCGAUUUGUCCGUCUCAGCUGGCGCCCCCCAGAGGACACUGGAGGAUCAAUACAAACUUACGGCGUUUAUUACUCCCAAGAUGGCGUUGAAAGGGAGAGGUCAGUAAAUGUGUCAGAGCCCGAGUCUUUGGAGCUCAUGGUUUCCAACCUGAAGCCAGAGGAGGGUUAUAGCUUCAGAGUUGUUGCUUACAAUGAUGUCGGACCAGGAGAAAGCUCCAACCCCUUGAGGAUCACAACCAAACCAGACCUCCAGGUACCAAGCAAGAUAGAGUCACUAAAUGCUGAGGCUCUAUCGCCAACCUCCAUACAGAUAAACUGGGAGACUCCAAGCGCUCCUAAUGGACCAAUCAUCGGCUACAGAGUCAUCUGGACAGAGAACCUUUCAAGCAAGGAGCAGAGUGCCGACGUCAGUGGACUAAACUACAAGCUGGAAGGACUCAAUAAAUUCACAAAGUACACGGUUCGCGUUGUAGCUAUCAACCGCUUUGGACCUGGCACUGCCUCAGAGAACAUUAUUGUUACCACCCAAUCAGAUGUACCAAGUGCUCCUCCCCAGAACAUCACCUUAGAGGUUGUGCUUUCCAGGAGCAUUAAGGUGUCAUGGCAGCCACCUGCCCGCAGCGCUCAGAACGGCAUCAUCAGCGCUUACAAGAUCAAAUAUAGAAAGACCGGUCGCCGUGGAGACCAGGAAGCCAUUGAGCCCAACAACCUCUGGUAUCUUUUCACAGGUCUUGAGAAGGGCAGUCAGUACAGUUUCCAGGUUUCAGCAAUGACCACAAAUGGAACAGGUCCACCCAGCGAAUGGCACACUGCCGAGACACCCGAGAAUGAUUUGGAUGAGAGUCAGGUUCCGGACCAGCCCAGCUCUUUGCAUGUUAGGCCUCUUCCCAACAGCAUUAUCAUGUCAUGGACUCCUCCUCUCAGUCCAAGCAUCCUGGUCCGCGGUUACAUCAUCGGUUAUGGAGUUGGAAGUCCCUAUGCAGAGACGGUUCGUGUGGACAGCAAACAGAGAUACUACUCCAUUGAAAACUUAGAGCCAAGCUCACACUAUGUGAUUUCCCUGAAGGCCUUCAAUAAUGCUGGAGAAGGAGUUCCACUGUAUGAGAGUGCUGUCACUCGAUCACUGACAGACCCCAUUGACCCAUCUGAGGAUGAUCUUUUCCAUCUCUUUGAUAAAUACCCCACUGCCAUGCCAGACACCAGCACUCCCAUGAUACCCCCUGUUGGGGUCCAAGCUGUGGCUCUCUCCUCCGACUCAGUACGGGUCUUGUGGGCUGACAAUUCCAUGACCAAAAACCAGAAGUCAACUGAGGUCCGCUACUACUCUGUCAAGUGGAAGACCAGCUACUCCACCAGUGGCAAGUACAAGUCUGCAGACACCACCACCCUGAGCCAUACCGUCACUGGCCUCAAACCAAAUACCAUGUACGAGUUUGCAGUAAUGGUAACCAAAGGUCGAAAAUCAAGCACUUGGAGUAUGACGGCGCAUGCCACAACAUAUGAAGCAGCUCCCAGCUCUGCGCCCAAAGACUUGACAGUGAUCAGUCGUGAGGGACGGCCACGAGCCAUUUUAAUCAGCUGGCAACCACCGAUGGAGGCAAAUGGGCGGAUCACAGGUUAUAUCCUGUACUAUACUCUGGACAAAAACAUGCCAAUAGACGACUGGCUUAUGGAAACAAUCAGCGGGGAUCGCCUGACUCAUCAGGUUGUUGAUCUAAACCUGGACACAAUGUAUUACUUCCGGAUCCAGGCGAAGAAUGCCAAAGGUGUCGGUCCAUUGUCCGAACCUGUCCAUUUUAGGACAGCCAAAGUGGAACAUCCAGACAAGAUGGCCAAUGAUCAAGGUCGAGGAGGCGAUCAUGUAUACUGGCCACCCGAUGGCAACCUGAUAGACAGGAGCAGCAUUAAUGAGUCUCCUAUUGGUCAAAUGCAUCCACCACAUGGCAGUGCUACCCCGCAAAAUAACAAUAACCUUUUGGUCAUUAUUGUGGUUUCUGUGGGAGCCAUCACGGUGGUCGUAGUGGUUAUCGUAGCCCUCAUCUGUACACGACGAUCUUCUGCCCAACAGCGCAAGAAAAGAGCAAGCCACAGUGCCAGUAAGAGGAAGGGUAGCCAGAAGGAUCUACGACCUCCUGACCUGUGGAUACACCAUGAAGAAAUGGAGAUGAAGAACAUUGAAAAAGCUCCUAGCGUGGCCCCGUCUGGGCAUGACUCUCCCAUCCAGUCGUGCCAGGACCUUCCCCAGGUUGCUCACAGCCAAUCAGAGAGCCAGAUCGGUAGUAAGAGUAGCCACUCAGGAGCGGACGGUGAUGAAGCGUCGAGCUGUAUUUCUACUCUUGAAAGAUCCUUGGCCGCCAGGAGAGGAACACGAGGCAAAAUGAUGAUUCCUAUGGAUUCACAACCCAGCAACACACCGGUGGUCAGUGCCAUUCCAGUGCCAUCACUUGAUUCUUCUCAGUAUCCUGGUAUACUUCCUUCCCCUUCAUGCAGCUUCACCCACAACAAAUUCAGUUUAAGACCGAUGCCCUUCCCUAGCCUGACCGUGGACAGAGGAUACACGCAAGUCAUAUCCACAGAUGCUUCCACCAAUCCCCUUCUGCAGCAGCAGUCUCCACCACAACAGCCUGCUCCCCUGCUCCCUGGCUCUUCUGUUCCUUCUGCGGAACACGUUCCAGGUAUUGGCCCGGUUCCUGGGGCCCCUGCUGCUGCUACCUCUGUUGCAUCAGAGGAAUCGCAGCCAGGUGCAAAUCGGACCAUACCAACAGCAUGUGUGCGACCAACUCACCCACUAAGAAGCUUCACAAACCCACUCCUGCCACCUCCAAUGAGCACGAUAGACCCCAAGGUGUAUACAUCAAUGCUGCCACAGUCCUCUGCAAGCCUCCCAAAGCCUCAGGUGAAGACAGCUUCUCUGGGUCAGGCUGGUAAGGCUCGAUCCCCUCUGCUUCCAGUCUCAGUUCCUACAGCGCCUGACAUACCAGAGGAAGGAGGAACAAAACCCACAGAGGAUUCAGCUAACAACUCAGAGAUUUUCAGGUUUCCAAGUGAGAACAGAAGGUGUAUGAGCAGGACGACCUUUCAGAGCAGAUGGCUAGUUUAGAAGGGCUGAUGAAGCAGCUCAAUGCCAUUACUGGCUCUGCCUUUUAAACCCUACCCGACAAGCCCUCAGCCUCAGAGCAGGAACCCUUCUUCAUGCUUUGAUGUUUGUGGCAGCGUGUUCACAAACAGCCGCAGCAUCUGGGUUUGACGAUGCCACUGGGGACUGAGACCUCCGUUUGUACUGGAUUAAGCUACAUCACACAGUAUCAACCCCAGGAACAAGACAAUGGCUUCCUGAAUGGGUUCAAACUCCCGAGGACCUUUCAACCUAUAACUACAAAACAAGGGGGGGAAAAAACAAUGCCGCUUUGACUUGAUGAAAAAGUGGGAAGGAUUAUCACAAGAAAAAAAGACAGUUGGAAGAUCUUUACUGUUUCUCUUUUUUGUGGUAUUUAUUAACUCCUCACUAUUUCCGUCUGCUGAGUUCUCUGCAACUCAGUUACUGUGACUGUACCUCAAUUAUUUUUCAUGAUUGCCGUUGGGAGAAUUUUUCUUUUCUUCGUUUGUUUAUUAUUACUUUUUAUUUAUUUUAUUUUAUUUUUUUACAAUUUCCAACACACCAUGCACCAUGUGAAUAUGGUCUGCCACGCAGGACAUUACAUGUGAAAUAGUCAUUUUCUUUUAAAUUACACCAAAAUGUCCUAUUGUGGAGAUUUUUUUUUCCUUCAGUCUUGGUUUCAUGUCAGCCAACCCUUUUAACUGGGAUUACGAAUGUGUUGAAACUCUGGGUAAAAAUAGGAAUCCAUUGCCUCUGGACUUUUUGUGCCAGGAAAUUUCACUAAAUCAUCCAUAGACCCCAUGUCACUGCUCUUGAUCAAGCAGUUUGUCCCUACAGACCAGAAAAACGGGACCGAGUGCAAGAGUGUUGUUGCCAAAAAAGGGAAGCUCAGUGCAUCUUUCCUUUACGCCUUUAGUUCUGGCAUUUUCACUGACAGUUUUGUACUCAUUGUUGCUGAAACCAUUAGAAUAGAAGAACAUGUAGACUAUUUUUAAAGCUUUGUUAUGAUUGGGCUAAUGUUUAUUCCAAGUGGUAGUGAUGAGUGUCAUUAUGAUCUCUGGUAAUUUUAUUUAAGUUUUACUAUUUAGUUAUUUUUCUAUGGAGCCCUGAAAGGGACAUCGACAGAAGUAAAACAAAUUUAAACCAUCUUGUGCGCACUAGAAACUAUCUGGUGCACAUGAAAAACAAUCUUGUGCACCCCAAAACCACUGAUGGUUGUAAUGGUGACAAUGUGCAAGUAAUGCAGUAUUUUUUUUAUAGUUGAGUACAUGAUUGAAGUAAAGAUAAAUCCUUUAUCAUUAUUUAUUUAUUAUCAUUUUUAGCACGUCGGAACUGCUAGUGUCCGGUUCGCGCCUGCAGUUUGUGGCCCAUAAAAGGGAACUUGCGCACCAGAUAGUUUCUAGUGCGCACCACAUACUAUCUGGUGCACACUAAAUGGUUUGAAAUGUAUUUUAUUUCUGUGGAUGUCCCUUUAGGGGCUUUGUAUUUUUUCAGCAUAUCUUCAGUAUUCUGAAUAAAUUUGGUUUUAUCGAUAGUAACUUUGCUUGUAAUGCAAAAGAUUUUUUGUUUUUGGUUUUUGACCCGGCGACACCGUUCAAACACUGAAAUGACCGGAAUUCGCGCGCGACGCAGAAAAUUUUUCGAAUGACUCGCAAAAAUUUUACUGUUCACGCCAAAACGCUAUUUAUUUGAGGUUUUUUUAUUUAUUUUUUUUUAAACACAUCCUACAGUUUUUAUCCAGUUCACAUAAAUUGUACAUGAAAAAUGUCAGGAAAGUAAGCAGCAAAAAGUUGAAUGCAGACUUUGCCAAAAACAUACGGUUCCCCUAAAAUUCGCCAAAAACAUUCCCAUUUGUUUCUAUUGGGAUGCCAUUGCUAUGUACGUUGCUCCAUUCAUUUCUAAUGGCCAAAAUUUCCCCUUCAUUUAAAUGGGUGGUUGUAAUUUUUGCAGCAGGGCCGAGACCGAAACGUGGUAUUUGGUAUGUGGCAAAAUUGAUUUUGCCAUGUGGCAUUUUUUUGCA